AGGUUCACUAACUUGUCGGCGAAAUGACGUCUCCGUUGGACGGUGCAGCCUGUUUCUGGCUUUCGAUUAUCUGGCUCCAGCUGGGUCUCAUCAAUGCGGGUCUGGAGUUCCUAAGGGUCUUCGUACCCCUGCCCCUGGUACGACUGAGGGAGAUCGAGGACGAGGAGCGGGAAAUCGAGGGCGAGUGCACGUUGGGAGCCAUCAGCAUUCGAAUGUUCGCCUUCUGAAGACUGGAUUACCAUCAUCUUUAGGACCUAUGUACAUAUCAGCAUCAAAAGUCAAUGUUUCAACGACAAGAAAUAUCCUUAGAUAUUGAGUUCAUUUAAUUGUAAGAGUAAUAGUAUUCUAAAUAUAAUAUACAUAAUUUAAAGUUGAAAGAAAUUUAAAAAUAUAGUUUGUAUUCUUUAGUUAAGAUAUGGUACAAACUUUGUAAAAGUUUAGCACUAUUCUUAUCAUUUUGUGAAUCAUUUUAAUCUAACGACGUACACCCAUACAAAGUAUGAAUGAAUGAAACUUGUUUAAUCCGAGCAGGUUUAGGGCAGAUAAGCAAACACAUAUACUAUAUAAAAGUUAGAUGAACUUAACAAAGAAAGAUAAAUGUUUAUGAACAGGGCAGCUUUCACAUUCUAACAAAUAAAAUAAUUGUUCUUUAUUUUUUUGUAAUUAUUGCGACCUAAAAAGUUCAGGGCUUUCUAUGUAGAUAAGAAUGAAAAUUGCCUGUUGGUCGCCCAUUCUAUUCUACGUUGUAAAAAAUUCAUGUUGCCUUGAAGUAAGUUAUUCUGUUAAAUCUAAAACAUUUAGGAAAACCUAUUUUAUAUAAACUUGUGUUGGAAACAUAAAUGGAUAAUGCAUUCCGGGCUUGAGAAGUUGAAUUUAUUUAUUAUGCAUCUGUAGGUUGUCCAGCAUUGUAGAAUUUCCCAUUCAAUCUUCGCACAACACGACUGCAAAUUUUAAUUAAAAAUU